ACCCCGGGGCUUGUGUAUGUGCGGGGGUGCCCGGGGAGUCACGGGUUUGCACACGUGGGGACACACGUGGGUCCUGGGGCUGGCACAGGUGGAAGAUGAAUGUGGUCCUUGGGGCUCACACACACGUGGGUGCAUGUGGGACCCCGGGGCUUACACACAUCGGGGAGAGCCCAGCCUUGAACAUGUCAUAGAGUUAGCCUGAACUGAGGGGUCCCCGAGCCGUGCACCUGAAGGGUCACACCUGUGGGUCGUGUGCCUUGUGGGGCAGGUGGGGGGCACUGAGGUCCAUGCACUGGGCUGGGGGUGUCCCCCCUCGACAUGGAGUGGCUAGGAUGAGGUUAUGGCCGCCCCCCACACGCCCCGUGCCCGCAGUGGCCCUACUGCCGCAAGCGCUGCUCCUACUGCAACUUCAACACGUACGUGGUGCCGGCGCUGGACGAGGCGGCCGUGCGCGCCUGCCUGGUGCGGGAGGCACAGACCCUGCUCCGCCUCAGCCAGGUGCACAGGUGAGAAGGGCUCUCCCCGCCGCAGCCACCGCAGCUCCCGUGACCCCCUUGUCACCGUGCUCCCUCCGCAGUCGCUGGAUGACGCCGAGCUGAGGAUGCUGGGCCGGGACCACACAGCAGCAGAGGCACGGAAGGCUGUGGAAGCAGCUCGGGGGCUCUUCCCUGGCCGAACCUCCAUCGACCUCCUGUUUGGGCUGCCGGGACAGAGUCGGGACGCCUGGGCCCAGCGGCUGGAGGCGAUCCUGAGGCUCUGUGAUGACCACAUCUCCCUGUACCAGCUGACGCUGGAGCGGGGCACGGCGCUAGCAGCACAGGUCAGGGGCGGGGCCCUGCCCAGACCCCCCCAGGAUCUGCUGGCUGACAUGUACCAGACUGCCCGGAAUGUGCUGGUGGCCGCUGGCUUCCGCCACUAUGAGGUCUCCAAUUUUGCACGGAAGGGCGCCCUCAGCACCCACAACCUCUCAUACUGGCAGGCUGACCAGUACAUCGGUGUGGGGCCAGGGGCACAUGGGCGCUUCGUGCCGCGGGCUGAGGGCGGCUGCAGCCGGGAAGCUCGUGUGCAGACCCUGGAGCCUGUCACCUGGAUGCGGGAGGUGCAGAGCCAGGGACACGGCACCAGGAGUCGGGCAGUGUUGAGCCCACUGGAGCAGCUAGAGGAGCUGCUCACCCUGGGACUGCGCACAGAUGAAGGCAUCACACACGAGCGCUGGGGGCACUUCUCUCCCCAGCUCAGCCUGCAGGCCGUGUUUGGGGAGCCGGGGGAGGCUCGAGCACUGCAGCAGGAGGGCUGGCUUGUUCUGGACGGCGGUGGCUUGCGGUGCACCUGGGCCGGCCUGGCCGUGCUGGACUCGCUGCUUCCCGACCUGCUCUGGCAGCUGCAGCGGGUGCUGGUCCGAGAGGGACCCCGGCGGAAGAAGGAGCCGGUGGCGGGGGCGCAAGGGCUGUCAGCGGCCACAAUGGAUAAUAAUGGAUAAUAAACUACAAGAGCGA